GACCCCGCCUCCUGGGACCCUCUGCCCACCCGCCUCCCUACCGAGCCCGAUUCCACCGCCGCCGCCGACUUCCUUCUGCUCUCGGGGUCCCGCUGGGUGUCCAGAGGGCGUCGGACUCACACGGACCACCUAGGCCCACGCGAUGGAGCCUCCAGGCCCCCGCGGCGAGGGGCUCCCGGGCAGUGCGGGGGUGCUGCGGCUGUUCGUCACCUUUCGGGGCCCCGCAGUUGCCCGCUUCCCCAGUGCACAAAUCCGGUAAACCUAUGGGGAGGUUCCCACUCAGACGGCGGGGAGCCCCACGCAAGUUCGGGGAUGAGCCUGCAGGUCUCCUCCUACUGCCCGUGGCCCUGUCACUGGAGGUGUCCGUGGGAAAGGCCACCACCAUUUACGCCGUCAACGGCACGGAGAUCCUGCUGCCUUGCACCUUCUCCAGUUGCUUCGGCUUUGAGAACCUCCGCUUCUGGUGGUCCUACAACACCAGUGACACCUACAAGAAGCUCAUCGAAGGGAUUGUGAAGAACGAGAAGUCGGACCCCAAGGUGAAGCUGCGGGACAACGACCGUGUGUCCCUGGAGGGCACCACCAAGGAGAAGAUGAACAACAUCUCCAUCCUGCUGCGGAGCCUGGAGUUCAGCGACACGGGCAAGUACACCUGCCACGUGAAGAACCCCAAGGAGAAGGACUUGGAGCACCAGGCCACCAUCUUCCUCCAAGUCGUCGAUAAACGUAGGCCAGGGGCUGGGCCGGGGCAGGUGCACCCGUGGCUGCUUCUCUUUCUCUUUGCACUUUCACGAGUUACUGCCGCUGCACCUGGACGCUAGCAUUCCGCGUGAACGCUUACCCCGCCGCUGAGAUGGGGACAUGGCUGCAUUCCCCUGGGGUGGCUGCGAGGGUUGAGAAGCCACCUGGGCAUGUUUUGUGACUAGCAAAGCUCCCUGUCUCUCUCAAUGGCGGUCACUGCUACUCCUGUGGCUUCUGCUAGCAAAGGUGGGUUGAAGGCCAGGGAUUGUGCUAGAAAGUGCUAGGAGU